AUGGAGCCUGAGCCCAAAGACAUCGAGCCUGGCAAGGUAGAAGAUGCCGACGUCGACGCCCGCACCGACGACGAAGAUCUCAAAAACCUUGAGCACGAGCAGAGAAACGUUGGCACCCUCGAUCGUAAGCUGAAGUCGCGUCAUGUUCAAUUUCUGGCAUUAUCAGGCGCCAUCGGCACUGGCCUGUUCGUCGGAAGCGGCCAGGCCUUGAGUCUUGCCGGACCGUUGUCCGCCUUCCUAGCCUACCUCAUCACGGGUUUCAACCUUUAUGCUGUCAUUAACUCUCUCGGAGAGAUGGCUACAUACCUGCCUCUUCCCGGUGCUGUUCCAGUGUUUGCAGCGCGAUUUGUCGACCCUGCUUUGGGCUUCACCUUGGGCUGGAACUACUGGUACCAACUGGCGAUCGGUGUGCCAAUCGAGAUCUCCGCCUCAGCGGUCGUCAUAGGAUAUUGGCCCAAUUCAGUGCCCAACGCAGUCUGGAUCACCGUCCUUUUCGUACCAAUGGUGGCCAUCAACUGCUUCCCAGUGCGCGUCUAUGGAGAAGCCGAAUUUGUCUUUGGUGCGAUCAAGUUGACCACUAUCGUUGGACUUAUCCUGCUGAUGUUCAUCAUCACCCUUGGUGGCGCCCCGAACCACGACAGAAUUGGCUUUCGGUAUUGGGAUCACCCUGGCCCGAUGCUGGAGUAUCUCGAGACGGGGGCUUUGGGCCGCUUCCUCGCCUUCUGGAAGAUCUUCAUCUCUGCUACCUUUAGCUACGGAGGCAGUGAGAUGGUUGUCAUCGCGGCCGGAGAGACUGAAAAUCCUCGCAGAAAUAUCCCCAAAGCCGUACGGAGAGUGUUUUGGAGAGUUGCUAUUUUCUACGUCCUCACGAUGUUAUUGAUCGGCAUGUGUGUCUCAUCCAAAGACCCUCGGCUUUUGAAUGCAAUCGACAAUUCGGCACCAGGAGCAGCAGCGAGUCCCUUUGUGAUUGCGAUUGUUAACGGAGGAAUCCCAGCGCUGCCAUCCAUCAUCAAUGCGGUCAUCCUGUCAUCUGCAUGGUCGGCGGGGAAUUCAUUCUUUUACGCCUCCACGCGAGUCUUAUACUCUACUGCUCUUGAUCACAGAGCUCCCGCUUUUCUCAGGUUCGAACGGUUCGGUGUGCCAUAUGCGUGCGUGGCUGCGACCAGCCUACUCAGCCUGCUGGUCUACCUCAACGUCAGUUCUCGUUCAUCCGAUGUCUUUUUCUGGAUCUCGAACCUUUCGGCCGUGAGCACCUUGAUCGUGUGGGCCAGUAUCUGCGUCACGUAUCUUCGGUUUUACUACGCUCUCAGGCACAACGGCAUAGCACGAUCCAGCUUGCCGUACAAGUCUCCGUUCCAACCGUUCCUGGCUUAUUUUUCCAUCUGCUUCUGCCUCACCGUCGCCCUUUUCAACGGCUUCGACUGCUUCUUCCCUGGCCGCUUCAGUGCGAAAUCCUUUGUCCCGCCUUACAUCGACAUUCCGAUCUUUGCCUGUCUUUUCUUGGGUUACAAAUUUAUCAAACGGACGAGAUUUGUUCGUCUGAAGGAUAUGGACCUGUGGAGUGGGAAAGCCGAGAUCGACCGCAUGGAAGGAGGUUGGCCAGAGGUGAAACCAAGAAACGUCUUUGAACGGGUAUGGUUCUGGAUUGCCUGA